GGAGUCCGCCUUAGUUGUAGAUCCUAGUAUGCGAUGCGCUUUAUCCUCAGAUCAAAAGUCAAUCUUUGACGGACUGUUUGGAGGUUUUGCAAAGAUGAACACGUUGAAACGAGUAAAUCCCUCAAGAUUAGUCUUACAAAUUCGUUCAAAACAUACCCUGCCGGAGCUUCCGUACGAUUAUUCUGCCCUUGAGCCCACCAUAUGCCGGGAGAUCAUGGAACUACAUCACCAGAAGCACCAUGCUGGCUACGUAGAGGCCUUCAACAGUGCCGAAGAACAGCUGCGUGAAGCACUCGUAAACUGCAACCCAAAUAAAGUUAUCCAACUGGGCAAGAUCCUUCGAUUCAACGGAGGUGGUCACAUCAAUCAUUCCCUGUUUUGGGAGAACCUUUCUCCGCACUGUACGGCGCCAUCGAAAGCUCUGGAGAGUGGGUUGAAGCAAAAUUUCUACAGCAAGGAAGACUUCAAGCAACUGAUGCGUGAUACAGCUCUGUCCGUUCAGGGUUCCGGAUGGAUUUGGUUGGGAUGGCACAAACCGUCUAAGACGAUGAAGAUCGCUGCUUGCUGCAAUCAGGAUCCUCUGGAAGCCACUACAGGACUUCUGCCACUGCUGGGCAUCGAUCUUUGGGAGCAUGCCUAUUACAUUCAGUACAAGAACGAUCGCGCCAAGUACUUUGAUGCAUUGUGGGAGAUUAUCGACUGGAAGAUGGUUUCGAAGCGGUAUGAAAAAUUAAGAUGUCUUAUUGAGAAGUAGUUUUGAGUGUGGGUUUGAAUAAAUAUGGUUAUACGGUGUUUUUCAACUGUUA